AUGACAUUGGCCGCACCUACAGAGAGCAUUAUAGGCACAAGCCAUAGGUUUGUCAGUAAGAUCAACAUCGGUAACUCUCUUGUCUUCUCCAAGCCCAAAUACUGCGAUACUCAGGUGGUUCAGUACUCUGGAUAUCUCAACGUCGGAACGAAUGAUAACUACUUCUUUUGGUUCUUUGAAAGCAGAACCAACCCCUCUACUUCACCUCUUACUGUUUGGCUGAAUGGUGGUCCUGGUUGCUCCAGCAUGGUUGGUCUUUUCCAGGAACUUGGUCCCUGCCGCGUUGACUCUACUGGAACCAAGGACAGUUACAACCCGUCAAGCUGGAAUCAAGUCAGCAAUGUCCUCUUUUUUGAUCAGCCUGCAGCCGUAGGAUUUUCUUAUGGCAGUGAUCAAGUCUACAGCACCGAUAAUGCAGCAGUCGUUGCCUACAAAUUCCUUCAGUUGUUUUACGAAGCUUUCCCUGUCUAUAGCACUCUUCCUUUGCACUUCUUUGGAGAGUCGUAUGGUGGCCAUUAUAUUCCUAGUUUUGCAAACUAUAUUAUCGAACAGAACAAGGCAAUCGCUGCCUCUUCUUCCUCUCAAUCAAAGAUUAUUCCUCUCAAGUCUAUCGGUGUCGGUAAUGGAUGGACAAGCCCUUUGAUUCAGCAUAAGUACAGUGUCACCAUGGCAUGCAAUUCUACAUAUGGAUCCGUAUUGUCAAAAUCUGACUGCACUACCAUGACUAAUAACUACCCUAAAUGCGCCACUUUGACUCAAAAGUGUUAUGACACAGGAUCUAACAGUGAUUGUAUCAGUGCUAAUAACUACUGCACCAGAAGUGUACAAUACAUUUAUCAAAAUUCCGGAAAGAGUGUCUAUGAUGUCCGACACAGCGAUAGUACCGAUGAUGUCCCAGAAGAUUAUCUCAACUUCCUUGCCGACUCGACCGUUAUGGCUAACAUUGGUGCCAAAUCUGAUUAUGUUGAAUGCUCAGAUAGCUCGUACCAGCAUAUUAGUAGCACAGGAGACAGCUCUCGUGACUUUGCUCCAGAUGUGGCUAAUCUCCUUAACUCUGGUGUUCGUGUUCUGAUCUACGCUGGUGAUGCGGAUUAUAUCUGUAACUGGUACGGAAACUAUGCAUGGUCUUCUCAGCUUUCCUUCAACGGAUCUAGCUCCUACCAGGCACUGUCUCUCAAGCCAUGGACAGUAAACGGAAAGGAGGUCGGACAAGCACAAUCCGGAUCCAAGCUCAGUUUUGUUCGAAUCUAUGGUGCCGGUCACGAGGUGCCUUAUUACCAGCCCGUGGCGUCAUUGGGCAUGUUUACAACUUGGAUUAACGGACAGCCAUUCAAUUAA